AAACCUUAUACAGUGCCAGCGAAGAAGAAAGGUGAUGAAAUAAUAGAUGUGGAAUGGUUCCCCGGGGCAGAGCUGAACUAUGCGGAAAACAUACUUCGUUACAGAGAUGACACAGUUGCACUCAUAUGUGUAGAUGAGGACGGCCAAGAAGAGCGAGUGACCUUCGCCGAAAUGUAUGAGGAAGUAAAGCUGUAUGCAGCAGCCUUCAAAAAAGGUGGCCUUCAGAAGGGGGACAGAGUCGCCUGUUACAUGUCUAAUAGAAAAGAAGCUAUUUUUGCUAUGCUAGCAGCAACUAGUAUGGGUGCUUUGUUUGGUGGACCUUUACCUUUCUACGGAGCUAAGGUAACUUAA